AUCGACUAACUUCCUGGGUGACAGGCCGGCUUUCUUAUAAUGGCGCCAAUUCCAUCUGGCCAUUGGCUCCAACGAUGCUUGCCGAGUUUAGUCAACCAUAAAGUUGAUGGCGUUGUUGGCUCGGUGUGCUUCCGUCAGAUUCGCUGGUGGAAGCUCGGUUUGCCGUGGGUCGAACUGCACUACACACGGUGCUCAGAGAUCAAGAAGGACAUAAAAUCGGGCAUGCGACCACCCUGGGUUGAGAGAUCAUGUACCGCAUGCUUGUACGCUGAACCUGGAGCAAAGAACAUUGCCUCUGAUACCGACAAAGAUGGGAUUGAACUUAAGAAGGAACCUCCCUGAGGUACAGAAUGUCAUCUCUGGUAUCUGUCUAUUCUUCGCUGUUGGUAUCUAUACCGCAGUCCUUAACCUCGGAGCUGGUGGAGCCCAGGCGGAUUCGGCUCACAUCAACAAUAUUGUGGCGGCAUCUUUGUACAGUAUCUUUGGAGUGGUCGCGUUCUUUGCAGGAAGUGUCCUCAACAAACUCGGCCCUCGAUAUACGAUGAUGAUCGGUGCUUUCGGGUAUCCUUUCUACAUCACAGGCCUCUGGUACUUUGAUAAGAAAGGCUCUGCUGGCUACGCGAUCACUGGUGGCUGUGUCCUGGGUGUUGGUGCCGCUAUGCUUUGGACCGUCUCAAACUACGUCGCCUUCGCGUACGGAGCCGAACAUCAAAAAGCCGGCUUCUACGCAACCCAGGCAAUCCUCAACACCUGUGGAAACUUCAUAGCUGCAUGCGUCGUCUUUGGAAUUACACACAACAAUUCUCUGCCUGAUGGUGUUCCGGAGUCCGUUUACGCCAGCUUCUUCUGCUUGAUGAUGAUGGCCAUUGUUGCGGGUUGGUUCCUAUGCAAGCCUCAAGAUGUCCGACGCAAGGACGGGCAGCCUUUGGCCGUCUUCAAGAAUGAGACUUUCUGGCAGGAGGUCAAAGGGUGUGCUAGCCUGUUCAAAGACAUUAGGACCUGGCUUCUCUUUCCGGCCUUACUCUGUGCCGAAAACCCUCUGGUUCUUCAGCCAACCAUCAGUGCUUACUGGUUCGACUUGAGAACCCGGUCCCUGAUUACUCUCGUUACGGCCGUGAUCCAGCUCCUUGCCUUUAUCGGCUUCCAGUACAUCUUGGACCUAGAAAGGCUAUCACGAAAAGCUCGAGCAUAUGCUGGCUUCGGAAUCCUCUUUACUGUCCUCGUGGCAGCAUACUCUGGAGAGGCUGGCUGGUUUUUCAGCCACCCUUCUGGGUUCCUGACCGUGGCAAAUGGUGUGGAUUGGACUGAGUCUGGGUUCGGUGGAUUCUUUGUUCUCUUCCUCCUCUUCCAGAUUGCCGCUGCCAUCGGUCCAAUGUAUCUUUGCUGGCUCAUUUCGACUUUCACCAAUGAACCAAGGAGAGUUGGCUACUAUGCAGGUUUCAUGCGCUCUGGAAUGGCAUGUGGUACGGCAGCCUUCUUUGGAGUGGCGGCAAGUGGUGUGUCUCUGGAGAAACAAGUCAUUGCGCACUUUGUUUGUCAAGUCUGCUCACUAUUCCCCGUGUUCUAUCUGGUCACCAAAUACGUCACAGCCACAAACUACCUGGAGGAAAAGGAUAUCGUCUUCAUUCCUAGUCACGAGGCCGAGGUCCUCCGUCUACAGUCAGAGGAUGGUGUUAGUAUUGCUGACACCAACCCCGCUGUCGAGGAGGAGAAAGCCCUUCCCAAAGGGAACUUGUGAGUCUGGGAGAGCCUCGCUGGCCUGUGUUGAACCGCUGGGAAAGGCGACGAGUGAUUUCAUGUAUGACAGUUUGAUUUGACGCAAGUCUUGGAAUGUGCAAUUGUUAUAGUCCGUUCUUCUGAUCCAAUCGAUCGCUAAAUAACCAAGAAGCCGGGUCCCCGUUGGAGCGGAGUUGAUUGCCUG